AUGCUCAGCGACUUACCGGAUUGCAUUAUACUUCACAUACUUUCACUUUUGAAUACCAAAGAUGCAGUUCAAACUUGCAUUCUGUCGGUAAGAUGGAAGGAUCUAUGGAAACGUCUUCCUGCACUUGUAUUUCAUAUAUCAGACUUUAGAACUAUCAGGAAAUUCACCAAAUUUGUGUCUAAGGUUUUAUCUCUUCAUGAUUCCUCAUUAGCGCUGCAGUAUGUGGAUUUCGAUAAUACUGGACCCUUGCGGCCUCAUCUAAUCAAAAGGGUUGUGAAUUAUGCUAUUUCACACAAUGUCCAGCAAUUAGGGCUCUGUGUGAAUUGUAACAUUCCACAAAUUCCUCUUACAUUAUUUUCAUCUCAGUCUUUAACACAUCUUAAUCUUUCUAUUUUCAAUCAAGUAUUGUUUCCAAAAUCUUUCAAUUUACCUUCAUUAACAAACUUGCAUCUGGAAAGGUUUGCCUUUUGUGCAGACGAUAAUGUACGCGCUGAACCAUUUUCAGCCUUUAACAGGUUGAAUAGUUUGAUCCUUGACAGUUUCGCUGUGAGGAAUACACUAAGCCUCUGCAUAUCAAGUGCAACCCUUGUCAAUUUCACUACAAAAAAUUACUCCGAAGAUUAUUUUGAAAUUGAGCUUUUAACUCCAAGUCUUGUUACCUUUGUUUUUACUGGUAGACCAUAUCAAAAAGUCUUUGGGAGUGAUCUUUCUUAUCUUAAGCAUGUAGAUAUUGAUGCAGUAGUUUUUUCAUUGGAGGAUAUCAACCCUUCUUUGUUACUACUAAGCUGGUUGUUAGAAUUUGAAAAUAUAAAAUCAUUGACGGUCACUACAAGUACUCUUCAGUUUCUCUCUUUAAAUUCUAAUUUAUUGAAGACCAAGCUCCCUUCCUUUGGCAAUUUGAAAUUGUUGAAAGUGAAAAAGAAAUCACUUGUUUAUUCGUUUGAAUGGCAACUGAUGGAAGCCAAGUUAGAGAAAAUGAAGUCACGGAAAGAAGCUGCUAAGUUACGAAAAUCAUUUAAAGCAGGAUUGGAACCGUCUGCACCCAUACCAGAUGGAAUAGUAGACUUGUUGAUUCAAAAUUCGCCAUCAGCUGAAGUUGAAAUCAUUGAUUAUCCACUGUGA